CUGAAUAAAGUUAGUGAAAUUCAAAACAAAAAUAAUAAUAACACAGCCAUUAUUUUUCAAUACACAAGUUUUGCCUCAAUAGUAGUGCAGACGAGUUGGCAGAAAAUCAAGAAGUGCUUGGUAUUUUUGAAGCGCCAUACUAAAAACUGCAACAGUAAAUCAAAAACAAAAAUCAAAUACAAUAACAUUGGCAUCAACAAAAUACAACAACCAAAGCAUUGUUUUAACAAACUGAUACAAAAUAAAAUUGAAAGCAGGCAAAGAAACAAACCUAAAAGUUAAAAAAAAAAAACCGUAAAGUGAAAACCACGACUAAAAUAACUUUAGAGAAUACACCAAAAUUUCCAAGAGGAAUAAUAACAACUGUUUUAACUGAAACUGCAGAGGUUAAGAAAAAUAAUAACAAUUGUUAUAACCAAAACCGUACAGGUGAGGGUUCAGCGCAACCAUUAACCAACAAAACGUUCAAAAAACAGAGGCAAAAUAUUUAUAUUAAAAGCAAAAAUAUGCAAUAGUUUGGCUACCCCACAAACUAUAGCCACCGCGAGCCAGUUUUAUCAACAAAUCAGUAGCAACAAAAUUCACUACCGAAAAGUCUUCGAAACAAUUGCAAAAUAUUUACAAAAAUCAAAAUAAAUCGACAGAGUAGAAGCAAACAAACACAAAAAGUUAUAUACCAGCAACAACAAAAAGCUAAAUAUUAACAACCGCAAGCAGUUAUAUACCAACAAAUCAAAGCAAAAAUAAUAAAAGUGUUAAAAAAUCAAAAUUCCAUUAAAUAAUCACACACAAUAACAAAAUUGUGGUAAAGUGAAACACAGUGGCAUAUAUCUAAAAAUAUAGUAUUAUAACUAAAUCAAAAAAAUCGUUAUUGCAAGUGAAAAUAUCCUUAAGCAUAUUUAUGCAGUUAUAUAAAUAAGGCUGACCAUCCAGCAUAUCCCUAAAACGCUUCUAAGCAGAAAAAAAAGAUAUAUAUAUAUAUAGAAAUAUGUGUGCUUAGCAUAUUUAGAUUAUCUAUUAAUAUUUCGUAAAAUAUUUAUUGAAUAAAAAAUACCCAACGCAUGAAUUGAUUAUAAAGAGAGAGAGAGAGAGAGAGAGAGAGAAAGGGGACACAAUUUGUGUAGGAUUAACUACAAUCCAUAACUGGAUUGUCGCAGUUCUUGUGGUGGAUUCGCAUAAAGCGUACUGAUUUAAUAUCAUAACAACUCGUUAUCUAAAUUUUCAAUCAACGAAUUAGCAGCAAGUGUGGCUAAAACGCACGAUCAACAGACUUCAAGAUUGACAGUACUAAUUGUUCGCUAAACACAUAAGCAGUGGCAGUUGGCUGGCUAGAAGAUUUUUCAUAUCAGCUAAACAUUGACUUUGUGAAUUAUUGGUUCCAAACAUUUUGCGAGCAGCAGCAGAGUUCGAUACUUCGUACAAAUAGUUCGCUCCGCAUGCCAGCUAUACUUGACAAGUGAAACGAGAGCAAAGCACUAGCGAGCACGAAUACAGCAAGCGAUAGCAAGAGAGCGAUAUAAACAAUUGACAAGAAGAAAGAAAGCUGGAAAGCAAAAUAGUGGAGAAGAGUUGAAAUUUUGCUAAAUUAAAGAGACAGGCGAAAUUACCAAGUGCAGUUACGUUUAAGUACAGCGGUGACACGAAUUGAACAGUAGAUGAUAAAAGAUAAGAUAAAAGCUAAAAAGAAAGCUUCGUAGAAAGCAUGAAACAUAUGAAUAAGAGUAAUGUGGUGCUAAAUAUGAGUAAACAAAAGAAAGAAAGCUGAGAAAAUUUGUAAAAUUAAAUUAAAUUAAAGCUUGAGAUUACAAGAAAAAGCUCACAAGCAAAGCUAAAGUUGAGGGCAUGCAAUAAAACUGUAAAAUAUAACGAGAUAAGAAAAAAGUGAUGCCAAGAGAGGCGUUAAGAAACGCAUUUAAGGAGAUAAAGCGAAUAUAAAACGAAGAUAGCAGGAAUAUAACCUUCCGAAAGCUUCAGCUGCAUACGAAAAUCGCAUAAAAAGCUUGAGUAAAGCUCAUAUAAAGCACAUAAAAGCUUUAAGAUCAGCUGUUUUGAAAAACUCUUAAAAAGCUCUUUAAAGCACAAAAAAGCUUUAAGCUCAUUUCAGCUAGAAAAUAAAAUUGAAUUUCGAAAAAGUAAAUCAAGAGUGAUUGAUCUUGAGUUAGUGCGAGAAAUGUGAAAAAGCACGAAAGCUCCUAAGCAUUGCACAAGCGCAUUGAAAAUUAAAGAAAGAAGCUUUCAGCAUAAUUUGAAUGAACAGAAAGUAUAUGAAGACAAAAAAAGUAAGAAGAAAUAUAUAAAAGAAAAAUAACAACAACAACGCUUUUAAAAUAUACAUACAUUAUAUAAAACAAAAACAAUUAAAUGCCGCCUGCAGAUCACCUAGCCAGCGAGUAAGUCUAGUUGCAGCGGUUACUACGAAAGCUUUAAAGAAAAUUGCAACGUAAGCAAAUUUAUUUCGCAAAAAAAACAAGAAACAAAAAGAAAAUCACCAGUAAAGCAAUCACUUGCCACUCAAAACUUCCACACCUUUAUUGUUGUUGUUGUUGUUGCUGCUGCUGCUAUCGCUUCAGAACACAGCUCAACUUAAAAACCAAUAAUAUGGGGCUGCAAAUGGCAGCACUGCCAGCAGCCAACAAUUAUGUUGCAGUCACACAAACACCAACAACAAACACAACCAACAACAAACCACCCACACACACAGUCAUAGCCGCCAUAGCAUGCACUGUGCGCAAGCUUAACAGCGCGAUUUCAGCCACGUCCAGCAUAGCCACACUAUUGCUGUUGGUAUUGUUAACCUGGAAUCCAACAACAACAAUUGGCGUUGAUGCAGUCCAUCCACCGGAGAUCAUCAAGAAGCCUCAAAACCAGGGUGUACGCGUGGGCGGUGUGGCAAGUUUCUACUGUGCUGCUCGUGGCGAUCCACCACCAUCGAUUGUUUGGCGCAAGAGUUCGAAGAAAUUAUCCGGCACGCAAUCGCGUUAUACGGUUCUAGAACAACCCGGCGGUAUAUCCAUACUACGCAUAGAACCCGUACGUGCCGGCCGAGAUGAUGCGCCUUACGAAUGUGUUGCUGAAAACGGCGUUGGUGAUGCAGUAUCAGCUGAUGCUACAUUAACGGUUUAUGAAGGUGAUAAAACGCCACCCGGCUUUCCGGUAAUAACUCAGGGUCCCAGCACACGUGUCAUCGAAGUUGGUCAUACAGCGGUUAUGCAAUGCAAAGCCAUUGGUAAUCCAACGCCCACAAUUUACUGGAUUAAGAAUCAGACAAAGGUCGAUAUGAGCAAUCCGCGCUACUCGAUAAAAGAUGGUGGCUUACAAAUCGAAAACAGUCGCGAAGAGGAUCAAGGCAAAUACGAAUGUGUCGCUGAAAAUUCAGUUGGCACAGAACACUCGAAAGCAACGAAUUUAUAUGUGAAAGUACGACGUGUGCCGCCCACUUUUUCACGCCCACCAGAGCCCAUUAACGAGGUGAUGCUGGGAGCGAAUUUGAAUUUAUCCUGCAUUGCUGUGGGCUCUCCAAUGCCACAUGUGAAAUGGAUGAAAGGGGCACAAGAUUUAACACCCGAAAACGAUAUUCCUAUCGGUCGUAAUAUUCUACAGCUAACAAAUAUACAACAGAGCGCGAAUUUUACCUGCAUUGCGGCAUCAUCUUUGGGGCAGAUUGAAGCGACGGCGAUGGUGAAAGUUCAAUCACUUCCUGCUGCUCCAACGGAUGUGCAGAUCUCAGAGGUAGCGGCAACCUCAGUUCGCUUGGAAUGGUCUUACAAGGGACCGGAAGACUUGCAAUACUAUGUGAUACAGUACAAACCAAAAAAUGCAAAUCAGGCUUUUAGCGAAAUUAGCGGCAUCAUAACAAUGUUUUAUGUUGUGCGAGCUUUAAGUCCAUACACCGAAUAUGAAUUCUAUGUGAUAGCGGUAAAUACGAUUGGGCGUGGACCGCCAUCGAAACCAGAGACUUGUACCACUGGUGAGACAAGCGAUUUCACAUUCGGAGGUGCAAAAAUGGAAAGCGCUCCACGCAAUGUACAAGUCCGACCGCUGAGUUCCUCAACAAUGGUUAUAACAUGGGAACCACCAGAGACGCCAAAUGGACAAGUGACCGGCUACAAAGUCUAUUACACAACAAAUCCCAAUCAACCCGAAGCAUCUUGGGACUCACAAAUGGUGGACAAUAGCGAGCUGACAACCAUUUCGGAAUUGACGCCGCAUGCCAUUUAUACGGUGCGUGUGCAGGCAUAUACCUCAAUGGGCGCCGGUCCGAUGUCCACGCCGGUGCAAGUGAAGACACAGCAAGGUGUCCCUUCACAGCCUAGUAAUUUCCGGGCCACCGAUAUCGGCGAGACCGCAGUCACAUUGCAAUGGUCGAAACCGACACAUUCCAGUGAGAAUAUCGUACACUACGAAUUAUACUGGAAUGACACAUAUGCAAAUCAGGAUCAUCACAAGCGCAUUUCGAACACUGAAUCCUACACGCUUGAUGGUCUCUAUCCUGAUACCCUGUAUUAUAUAUGGUUGGCGGCACGUUCGCAGCGCGGCGAAGGUGCAACAACACCCCCCAUACCCGUCCGUACGAAACAAUAUGUACCAGGUGCACCGCCGCGCAAUAUCACCGCCAUGGCCACCAGCCCCACUACAAUAUCCGUCUCAUGGCUGCCACCGCCCGUAGAGCGUGCCAACGGUCGCAUCAUCUACUACAAGGUCUUCUUUGUCGAGGUGGGCCGUGCCGAUAGCGAAGCGACCAUAACCACCUUGAAUAAGACACAUAUCGUUUUGGAUGAGUUGAAGCGUUGGACCGAGUACAAGAUCUGGACGCUGGCCGGCACCUCGGUGGGCGAUGGGCCGCGCUCGCAUCCGAUCAUUGUGCGCACACACGAAGAUGUGCCUGGAGAUCCUCAAGACGUGAAGGCAACUCCGCUAAAUUCAACUUCAAUUCAUGUUACCUGGAAACCACCAUUGGAAAAAGAUCGUAACGGUAUUAUACGUGGCUAUCAUAUACACGUGCAAGAAAUGCGUGAUGAGGGCAAGGGCUUCCUAAACGAACCACUCAAGUUCGAUGUCGUCGAUUCGUUAGAGUACAAUGUGACGGGCUUGCAACCAGAUACCAAAUACUCCAUACAAGUUGCGGCGCUGACGCGGAAAGGCGAUGGUGAUCGUAGCGCCGCGGUGAUCGUUAAAACGCCAGGUGGUGUGCCGGUACGACCUACUGUGAGCUUAAAGAUAAUGGAACGUGAUCCAAUUGUUUCCAUCGAACUCGAAUGGGAGCGACCUGCGCAAACUUAUGGAGAACUGCGUGGUUAUCGUUUGCGUUGGGGCGUAAAAGAUCAGCCAUUAAAGGAAGAGAUACUACCCGGACCGCAAAUAACGAAACGUCGUUUUAAUGACUUAGAACGCGGCGUUGAAUAUGAAUUCCGCGUGGCGGGUAGCAAUCACAUUGGUAUCGGUCAAGAGACAGUGAAAAUCUUCCAAACACCCGAGGGCACACCUGGCGGACCGCCCGCAAAUAUAACAGUACGCUUCCAGACGCCGGAUGUAGUAUGCGUCACAUGGGAUCCGCCAACACGCGAACACCGCAAUGGCAUUAUUACACGUUACGAUGUGCAGUUUCACAAGAAAAUCGAUCAUGGUUUAGGUUCGGAACGUAAUAUGACCGUGCGUAAGGCGGUUUUUACAAAUCUCGAAGAAAACACAGAAUACAUCUUCCGCGUGCGUGCUUACACCAAACAAGGUUCGGGACCAUUUAGUGAUAAAAUCUUUAUUGAAACCGAACGCGAUAUGGGACGUGCGCCGAUGUCAGUGCAGGCGGUAGCAACAUCCGAGCAAACGGCUGAAAUUUGGUGGGAACCAGUGCCAUCACGUGGAAAAUUGCUUGGCUACAAGAUUUUCUAUACAAUGACAGCUGUUGAGGACUUAGAUGAAUGGCAGACAAAGACAGUGGGACUUACAGAAUCGGCAGAUCUGGUUAAUCUGGAGAAGUUUGCACAGUAUGCCGUAGCGAUAGCGGCGCGUUUCAAGAGCGGCUUAGGACGUCUGAGCGAAAAGGUCACCGUUAAAAUAAAGCCCGAAGAUGUGCCACUGAACUUACGCGCACAUGAUGUCAGCACACAUUCCAUGACAUUGAGUUGGUCCCCGCCAAUACGUCUAAAUCCGACAAAUUAUAAAAUCUCCUUUGACGCAAUGAAAGUAUUUGUGGACUCACAGGGUUUUACGCAAACGCAGAUUGUACAAAAACGUGAUAUUAUCUUAAAACAUUAUGUUAAAUCGCAUACAAUCAACGAGCUGAGUCCAUUCACAACGUACAAUGUAAAUGUAAGCGCCAUACCACCAGACUACUCCUACCGCCCGCCAACUAAAAUCACUGUUACCACACAAAUGGCCGCGCCGCAACCCAUGGUGAAACCAGAUUUCUAUGGUGUGGUAAAUGGUGAGGAAAUAUUAGUGAUACUGCCGCAAGCAUCCGAAGAGUAUGGUCCAAUAUCACAUUAUUACCUUGUUGUGGUGCCUGAGGAUAAAUCGAACUUGCACAAGAAUCCGGAUCAGUUCCUAACAGAAGAUUUGCUGCCGGGACGUAAUAAACCUGAACGUCCGAACUCGCCUUAUAUUGCCGCCAAGUUCCCACAACGCUCCAUACCCUUCACUUUCCACCUGGGUUCCGGUGACGAUUAUCAUAACUUCACCAACCGUAAACUUGAGCGCGACAAGCGCUAUCGUAUUUUUGUGCGUGCCGUUGUCGAUACGCCACAAAAGCAUCUUUAUACUUCCAGUCCUUUCUCGGAAUUUCUAUCGUUGGAUAUGCGUGAAGCGCCACCUGGUGAAAGACCACAUCGCCCAGAUCCAAAUUGGCCAUCCGAACCGGAGGUGUCUGUCAAUCGCAACAAAGACGAACAGGGUAUGUGGUGGGUGGCGCUACCAGUUGUUGCCGCACUCAUUUUCACCAUAUUCGUUACCUGGUGCAUUGUGCGUCGACGUCGCCAACCAUGCAAAACACCCGAUCAAGCUGCUGUCACGCGUCCAUUGAUGGCAGCCGAUCUCGGUGCCGGUCCCACACCCAGUGAUCCCGUCGAUAUGCGCCGCUUGAACUUUCAAACACCCGGCAUGAUUUCGCAUCCGCCCAUACCCAUUUCCGAAUUCGCCAAUCACAUUGAGCGCCUCAAAGCGAACGACAAUCAAAAAUUCUCGCAAGAAUAUGAGAGCAUUGAGCCGGGUCAGCAAUUCACAUGGGACAAUUCUAAUUACGAUUACAACAAAUCGAAGAACCGUUAUGCCAAUGUAACCGCUUACGAUCACUCGCGCGUACAAUUGCCACUGAUGGACGGCGUUAUCGGCUCGGAUUAUAUAAAUGCUAACUAUUGUGAUGGCUAUCGCAAACAUAAUGCUUACGUGGCAACUCAGGGACCGCUACAGGAAACUUUUAGUGACUUUUGGCGCAUGUGUUGGGAACUAAAGACAACUACCAUUGUUAUGAUGACACGUCUGGAGGAGCGUACACGCAUUAAAUGCGAUCAAUAUUGGCCGGUACGUGGCACUGAGACUUACGGUCAAAUGUUUGUCACGAUCACCGAAACACAAGAGCUCGCCACCUAUAGCAUACGCACAUUCCAGUUAUGUCGACAAGGUUUUAACGAACGUCGUGAGAUCAAACAAUUACAAUUCACCGCCUGGCCAGAUCAUGGCGUACCCGAACAUCCAGCACCGUUCCUACAAUUCUUACGUCGCUGCCGUGCGCUCACCCCACCCGAUUCGGGUCCAGUUGUUGUCCACUGCUCGGCUGGUGUCGGCCGCACUGGUUGUUAUAUUGUUAUCGAUUCGAUGUUGGAACGCAUGAAACAUGAGAAGAUUAUUGACAUAUACGGACAUGUGACUUGUUUGCGCGCUCAACGUAACUACAUGGUACAGACAGAGGAUCAAUACAUAUUCAUACAUGAUGCCAUAUUGGAGGCUAUCAUUUGCGGUCAAACAGAGGUACCAGCACGCAAUUUACAUACCCACCUACAAAAAUUACUACUAACCGAACCGGGUGAAAAUAUCACUGGCAUGGAAAUGGAAUUUAAAAAGCUCUCCAAUGUUAAGGUGGACUCAUCGAAAUUCGUCACCGCUAAUUUGCCAUGUAAUAAGAAUAAGAAUCGUUUGGUACACAUACUACCAUAUGAAUCGAGUCGCGUAUACCUGACACCCAUACAUGGUAUCGAGGGUAGUGACUACAUCAAUGCUAGCUUUAUUGAUGGCUAUCGCUAUCGUUCGGCUUAUAUAGCCGCUCAGGGUCCCGUACAGGAUACGGCUGAAGAUUUCUGGCGUAUGCUGUGGGAGCACAACUCAACAAUUGUUGUUAUGCUCACCAAACUUAAGGAGAUGGGCAGAGAAAAAUGCUACCAGUAUUGGCCACAUGAACGCUCUGUACGUUAUCAAUACUAUGUGGUGGACCCCAUCGCUGAAUAUAAUAUGCCGCAAUACAAACUACGCGAGUUUAAGGUCACCGACGCACGUGACGGCUCCUCACGCACCGUCCGCCAAUUUCAGUUCAUCGAUUGGCCAGAACAAGGUGUACCCAAGUCUGGUGAAGGUUUUAUUGAUUUUAUCGGUCAAGUGCAUAAGACGAAAGAACAAUUCGGUCAAGACGGUCCAAUUACGGUGCAUUGUAGUGCUGGCGUUGGACGCACUGGUGUCUUUAUAACACUCAGUAUUGUAUUGGAGCGUAUGCAAUAUGAAGGCGUAUUGGAUGUAUUCCAAACGGUGCGCAUACUACGCGCCCAACGUCCGGCAAUGGUGCAAACGGAGGAUCAAUAUCACUUCUGCUACCGCGCCGCUUUAGAGUAUCUCGGCUCAUUUGACAACUACACUAAUUAAAUUGGCAGCACUUUUUUU